UCUGUGCUUUGCUUCCAAGUAGACUAAUAAUUCCUCUUUCUAUCCUAGUCUAUCGAAUUCAAGUCGGACUUCCCAUCUGCUGCUCAGGGAGCUAGUCCGAUUUGAUCUGAGGCAAGCCAGUGAAAGAGGGGUGGGGGGAAAGAUUGGAAAGGGCAAAGAUGAAAGUUGCAGGUCCAUUUGUCGCCAUGGUGAUGGCGGAAUGUGCCCAAGUUGGGCUGAUGAUUGUGAGCAAAGAGGCCAUGUCGCAAGGGAUGAGCAGCUUCAUCUUCGUCCUUUACUCCAACUCCCUCGCCUGUCUUGUCCUCCUUCCAGCCUCUUUAAUCUACCACAGAUCAGGGAGGCCUCCACUUACCUGGUCAACCAUCAGCGGAUUCUUCGUGCUGGGUCUAUUUGGUUUUCUGGCACAGGCUUUUGGGUAUACUGGGAUUAACCUAAGUUCUCCGACACUAGCCACGGCCAUACUAAACCUUGUCCCCGGCUUUACCUUCAUUCUUGCUGUUACUUUCAGGUUGGAGAAGCUUGAUUGGAAAGCCACUGGUAGCAUAGCUAAAGUUGUGGGAACUGUUGUAUCAAUGGCUGGGGCAUUCACAAUGACAUUUUACAAGGGUACUCACUUAGUACACUCUCCUCCCGGAUUCACUAAGCAAUUGCUCUCGCAGCAGUCCGAUUGGGUCCUCGCAGGAUCAUUUCUUGGAAUGGAUUGUGUUGUGACUUCUGCCUUUGUUAUCAUACAGGCAUUGAUCCUCAAGAAAUAUCCAGCGGAGCUGAUUCUGGUAUUUUUCUACUGUUUCUUCGUUGCCAUUCUGUCCAUAAUAGUUUGUCUGGUGACGGAACGAGAUAUCACUGCUUGGACCCUGAAACCUAGCAUAAGAUGGACGGCGGUUCUCUAUUCAGGAAUUUUCGGAUCUGCCUUCCAAGUCGGCAUUGGUACAUGGUGUCUGUGCAGGACUGGGCCAGUUUUCGUUUCAAUGUUCAAACCCAUCGGGAUAGUGAUUGCUGCUGCAGUUGGUGUCAUUUGCUUCGGGGAUACUCUGUACCUCGGCAGUUUGAUUGGAGCUGCUGUAAUUGUUGUUGGGUUCUAUUUGGUGAUAUGGGGCAAAGCUCAAGAAGUAGAUGUAGAUGGCGCUAGGACUGUCAGAGGGACAUCUGAGUCAAGCAGCCAAAAGGCCCCUCUCCUGCCAAGUUAUCAGGAAGGAAACUAGAAGUUAUUUGCAGAAAACAAGAGAGGAUUCUGUUGGACCAAAGCUUGAUAUUGGAAGGCUUGACCUUCAAUUUGAAGUGUAAAAGAAAAAUAAUUUUAUGCGCUUAUUUUUUUUUUAUUAAAUGGAGGCUAAAGAAAACAGCCGAGAGAGUUACAAGAGGAUCAGCAGAACAGAGUUCAGGAAGCAGGCAGGGCGCAAUGCUUGCAGCCAAAAGAGCUUCUCACAAGCCUCCCAUACCAGCUUAACAGCUUAACAAACUGAAGCAGCAGAAGGUACUCCAAGACCAGAAAAAAGGCAGCUAAAACAGGGACAAAACAACCCUAAAUAUUCUCCACAACCUGUCGCGGGAAGCUAACUCCCCUUUUUGAUCAUCCUGCAGCAUCGAAAGAAGACUGAUUGGGGGUUCAUCUAGUUCAUGCGUGCCGAAAGGAUAGACGAGACUGUGCUUCGAGAGCCAGUCCGCGACUCUAUUCCCUUCCCUGUAUGUGUGAACAAGUUGAACCACCCAACUUUGCGCUAUCAUGCGGCGAAUGGCUCCAAGAAUCGUCGAGUAAGGAUGCACUGGGUCUGAACGUUGUUCAAUCAAAUUCAAAGUUGUUCAAUCAAAUUCAAAGCUGACU